CCCCCGGCCGCAGUGCACCGCCUCCCCGCCCCCGCCCCCGCCCGGCCUUCCCCACGGCGCGCGCUCCGCCCGCCCCGGAGCCUCGCCCUCCGCCACGAUGAGCAAAUGAGCGCGAGCGAGGGCAUGAAAUUUAAAUUCCACUCAGGGGAGAAAGUGCUGUGCUUCGAGCCUGACCCCACCAAGGCGCGAGUGCUGUACGAUGCCAAGAUUGUCGAUGUUAUUGUUGGGAAAGACGAAAAAGGCAGAAAGAUCCCAGAAUAUCUGAUCCAUUUUAAUGGUUGGAACAGAAGCUGGGAUAGAUGGGCAGCUGAAGAUCAUGUGCUUCGUGAUACUGAUGAAAAUCGUAGAUUACAGCGUAAAUUGGCAAGAAAAGCUGUAGCUCGCCUGAGAGGCACAGGAAGAAAGAAAAAGCGCUGUAGGUUGCCUGGUGUAGACUCUGUCUUAAAAAGCCUCCCUGUUGAAGAAAAAGAUAAAAAUGAUAAAAACUCAAUAAGCAGUUCCUCUGAUAGUAGUGAAGAAAAGGAUGAAGAAAUAAGUGAAGAAAGUGAUAUUGAAGAAAAGGCUGAAGUGAAAGAAGAACCGGAGCUGCAAACAAAAAAGGAAAUGGAAGAAAGAACAAUAACUAUAGAAAUCCCUGAGGUUCUGAAGAAGCAGCUUGAAGAUGAUUGUUACUAUAUUAACAGGAGGAAACGGUUAGUGAAGCUUCCAUGCCAGACCAACAUCAUAACGAUUUUGGAAUCCUAUGUGAAGCAUUUUGCUAUCAAUGCAGCCUUUUCAGCCAGUGAGAGGCCUCGUCACCACCAUGUUAUGCCACAUGCCAACAUGAAUGUGCAUUAUAUUCCAGCAGAAAAGAAUGUUGACCUUUGUAAGGAGAUGGUGGACGGACUAAGAAUAACCUUUGAUUACACUCUGCCGUUGGUUUUACUCUAUCCAUAUGAACAAACUCAGUAUAAAAAGGUGACUUCAGCUAAAUUUUUUCUUCCAAUUAAGGAAAGUGCCACAAACACUACUAGGAGCCAGGAGGAGCUCUCUCCUAGCCCACCUUUGUUGAAUCCGUCCACGCCACAGUCCACAGAGAGUCAGCAGACCACGGGUGAGCCGGCCACCCCCAAAAGGCGCAAAGCUGAGCCGGAAGCAUUGCAGUCUCUGAGGCGGUCCACACGACACACUGCCAACUGUGACAGGCUGUCUGAGAGCAGCGCCUCACCUCAGCCAAAGCGCCGGCAGCAGGACACAUCCUCCAGUAUGCCUAAGCUGUUCCUGCACCUGGAAAAGAAGACACCAGUGCAUAGCAGAUCAUCUUCACCUAUUCCUCCUCUGACUCCCAGUAAGGAAGGGAGUACUGUGUUCACUGGCAUUGAAGGGAGAAGAACUAAUGAAAUAAACGAGGUCCUCUCCUGGAAGCUUGUGCCAGACAAUUACCCACCAGGUGACCAGCCGCCUCCGCCUUCUUAUAUUUAUGGGGCACAGCACUUGCUGAGGUUGUUUGUAAAACUUCCAGAAAUCCUUGGAAAGAUGUCCUUUUCCGAGAAGAAUUUGAAAGCUUUGUUGAAGCACUUUGAUCUCUUUCUGAGGUUUCUAGCAGAAUACCAUGAUGACUUCUUCCCAGAGUCAGCUUAUGUUGCUGCCUGUGAAGCACAUUACAGCACCAAGAACCCUCGGGCAAUUUAUUAAAGUUGUGAUUGUUCUGUAAGACCCGCUGCUUCAUCUAAUUUUGUGCUCCGGGUUAUAGGUGAAGACUUUACACAAUGGUGGAUCUUCUUUGCAGAGAGUGCAAACAUAACGCCUGUCCUGUGGGCUCUGGCAUAGGUGGGCCCUGUUGUUUUAGUUGCCCACACACUGUAGUUAUUUUGUUAAUAAUUACUUCCUAGGUGCCUAAAAGUGCUCUGACACACUUACUACUGCACAGGCCAUCUGUGAUGGCAGAAAUAAAAGCAACUGUGUUCACAAUGCAAUGUUCCUAAAUGUGACAUAGGCUAGGCCGUUUUGGUAGAUGUUUGAGUUAGUUAGCAAAAACUAUAUUGUUUUGUUAUUUCUUAGCAUUAAAUAAUUUUUUAAACAAACUUUCCAUUCUUAUGAUGAGGCUAAGCAACUUGUACAAUAAAUUUUAGUUUGUACUUGGAAAAUACAAAGUCUCAAAAGUAUUUAGAGGGAAUUGGUAUUGAUGGCAAGAGAAAAUUUGCAGCUAUACAUUUGCUUGUAAUGGUUCCCUCCCUGUGAAACAUUAUUUUUAGCCAUCUAAAUAAAGCAUUGCCUCUCUUGUUUGAGAUUUUAUAGCUAUACUUUGUUGUGUAAUGUUAUGUUAUUGUUCCCUUUCUGUAAGAUGUUAUUUUGGGUGAUCUAAAUAAAGCAUUGCCUGUCUUGUUUGAAAGAA